AUGGCUACCGAUCUCAUAAAAUGGUUGAAAAAAGCACCAUUACUGUCACCAAGUGAACCAAACUUGCUCAAUCCUAAUAACAUCAACGACGUCGAACAGUGCGAACUGUCACCUGAAGUAGUUACCGUUGUCAAUGAAGAGAUAACAUCCGCUAGUCGGAAACGAAAACGCAGAAAUUAUCAGCACUAUGAUGAAAAUAUUCGAGCUAAAAUCGGCAAAUAUGCAGUAAACAAUGGAGUGAUGAAUGCUGCUAGAAAAUUCACUAAAGAACUUGGUAGGCAUGUUGGUGAGAGCAGGGUUCGAGGAAUGAAACAAUCGUAUCUCAAAGCAAUUCGGAGUGGCAAAGAAAAUGUCAACACAUUGCCGACAACAAGGGGACGUGCCAGACUGCUCGGUAGUGAACUAGACUCCAAGGUACAGUUACUUGUACCACGGCUACGCAUCAAGCGGUGUUGUUAA